AUGCAAAGGAACACACGCCGUUCCAGAAACUACAAUAGGCAAAAGAUUACCUACAAACCGGAGAAUUGUCCUUCGCAUUUCAAAAGAACAGCUCACUAUUUGAAACAGUUACGAGAGGAUGGAGACUUCAGACAGUGUGACAUCGAACUUGUAACGGAUGGUGGCAGCGAAAUCGUCCAUUCUGCUAUUGCUGCGGCACAUUGUGCAAAAAUUGCAAAGCUUCUCGAAGUACACGAUACACCUUUGCGUAUUGACGUGCGUGGUUAUCGUAGAGAAUCAGUCUCAAAGGUGGUAGAAUGGAUGUAUAGCGGCCAGGCCGAAAUAUUCACGAAUGAGAUGGAGGAGCAGAUGUCGUUGACGAACUACCUUGGUGUUGUUUUUCUUCAUCACCUACUCGAAAAUAGCUUGAAGAGCAUAAGCGCUGAGCCCAAAAUGCGGAUUGAAGCUAUCAACAUCGCCACACAUCCUAAAACCGGGGUAUCGCCUGAAACGAUCGCAUCCAUUUUACGCAUCUUUCAUGAGAAUCAUGCAACUUUGUCACUUGACGAAAUAAAGCAUCUUCAACCAUGGGCUAUAAGAAGGUUAGUCUCUACACCAGUAAAAACCCCAACGAAGAUUGCACUCUUAAACAUUGCACUUUCAUGGUUACGCUUGUCACAAAACAUACGUCACCUCGAUUACAUCACAUCAAGCAUAUCCAUAGAAGACAUGUAUAUUCGAGAAUUAACCGCUUUCCAGAGAACGUUAAGGGCUGUCCUGUUGAAUCCAACAACACGAAGGUUUGCAACAGUAUCAGUGGAGAAGUCAGGAAUCGUAGCUAUCAAUAUGGACAGAAGUAGUUAUAUACGCCAUGCAGGGGUGACUGUGGAGAGGACAGAGAGUGAAAGCGCGCUAUCAGCACAAAGUAAAACACAACCAUCGCAAAAAGAGAGCAGCUUUAAACCACUUCUUCCACAGGAACGAAAUCAAGAAUUUUCAAAAUUCAGCUUGAAUGAUCUGCCAUCGUACUCACAUAGGUCUACUCCACAGCGGACUUCGGUUGAUUGCCAAGAGAACGACGAUUCGCAGAGCGAUGCCAGCGAUGGGCUUGAAAACGAUGCUGUCUUACUUUCGGAAAGUAUGGCUCGAGAACUGGCGACCUUACCACCAUCCGCCGGCAAAGAUUUCUGUAGCCCGUCAAAUCAGGACCGCCGUUUCCAGUACACACGAAGCGAAAUAGAAGAGCUGCAAAACUACCCAGACGACGUUUUUACCAAAACACCCUCGCCUAACAGUGCUGCUUAUUCGUCAGCAAGUUCCUCUGAAAACCGAAAGGAUUUGCAAAAAUUCGAGAUUCCCGGAGAGAAUGCCAAAGACCUACCAAAAAAUAAAGAAGAACCACCACUAGUGGCGGCAAGUCCCCAAUCAAUCGACUUUGUUGGAACCGGAGAGAACGCACCCAAAUACGUCAUGUCGCACUAUGCUUUCUGA